AUGGCGUCUCUCGUCCCAGGCAUGAGGCGCCUCGUCUACCAGGCGCCGACGCGCUUCUUCGCCUGCAAUCAAUGCCUCGCGCGCCAACCGACGGCGACAUCCCGCAUCGUCAGCCUCGUACGAUGGCGUGGGUAUGCCUCGCAGGCCUCACCACAGCCGACAACGCCACUGAACAAGCUCGCCCAGGACAUGUACACCCGCGCACCAGCAAAGGAAGCCGAGAAGGUUAAGAGGGCGUUCCCCGAGACCAGCUCCAAGGGCGUCGCAUACUGGUUGCUGGGCAGUGCGGCCAGUGUCUUUGGCAUAGUCGUCUUUGGCGGAUUGACCCGAUUGACCGAGUCUGGCCUCAGCAUCACCGAAUGGCGGCCUGUCACCGGCUCGAGGCCACCCAUGACUGCAGAAGACUGGGACUCCGAGUUCGAAAAGUACCGUGCCUCGCCCGAAUUCAAGCUCCUCAACCCACACAUGACCCUCGACGAAUUCAAGAAGAUCUACUUUAUGGAAUGGGGGCAUCGCCUCUGGGGUCGCUUCGUCGGCAUGUCCUUUGUCCUGCCUGCCGUCUACUUUGUCGCCCGCCGCCGUGUCAGUCCCAAGAUGGCUCUCAACCUGCUCGGCAUCUCGACCCUGAUUGGCUUCCAAGGAUUUAUCGGAUGGUGGAUGGUCAAGAGCGGCCUGAAGGACGACCUCUUCGCCCCUGGUUCGCACCCUCGCGUCUCCCAGUAUCGACUAACCACUCACCUGGGCACCGCCUUCAUCUGCUACUCCUGGAUGCUCGUCUCUGCCCUCUCCAUCCUCCGGGCUCACAGCAUGCGCGCUAAUCCCAAGGCCGCCCUUGACACCAUCAAGGCCAUACAGAACCCGGCGCUUAACGUCUUCCGCCGCACGGCUUUUGGCAUGGUCGCUCUGGUCUUCAUCACGGCCAUGUCGGGCGGUCUCGUCGCCGGUCUGGAUGCUGGUCUCAUCUACAACGAAUUCCCCAAGAUGGGUCUGGGUCUGACGCCCCCCAAGUCUGAGCUCUUUGACAAGUUCUACUCCCGCAAGGAGGACAGGUCGGAUCUCUGGUGGCGGAACAUGCUCGAAAACCCCAGCACCGUGCAGAUGGACCACCGCAUCCUGGCCGUCUCGACCUUCACCGCCAUCCUCGCUCUGUAUGCUUACUCGCGCACGGGGCGCGUCGCGGCUGUGCUGCCCAAGGGGGCCAAGAAGGGCUCACUCGGCCUCGUCCACCUGGUCACCAUGCAGGCCGCCCUCGGCAUCUCCACACUUAUCUACAUGGUACCCAUUCCUCUGGCGGCCGCUCACCAGGCAGGCAGUCUAGCCGUGCUGACGGGCGCCCUGGUGCUUGCACAGAGGAUGCAUGUUCCCCGUCCCACGGUGCGGAUGCUGGAAAGGAGGCUCAAGUCCAUGAAGCACUGA